CAACCGCACUAGGGGAACACACGUACAAAGAGCAUGAGACAGAGAAAUCUCCCACAACCUUUGAUGAAGCACCUGACACUGAGAGGUGCAGCUAUUGACCUGUGCACUACUUCGUUGGGUUUUCUAUAUAAACUCAAAUGAAUUGUGCUCGUCUACCUGGAUACAGGAUACUUCGAGCAGACUUUGAUCUCACCAGGAAGCUUCUCAACAUUCCCAAUCGACUUUCGAUUGUGUGCUCAUUCGGAUCUGAAUUGGUCAAAAGGGCGGUUUUUCUUUUUAACGUUUAGCUUCUCUUGGAAGUAUUGACUUCUCUAAAUCCAUUCAUACAGUUAGAGUUGGGGAAGAAAAGCAGAUUUUUUUUCAGAAGGGUGACUUUAAUCGUAGGAGUGUUUCCCAUCUACAAAGAAGAUUAUCUCCUUUUGUUGGGAUUAUUUGGGCAAAGAUACACACUUGCAGAGAUGGCCGAGUUCCCAUCCAAGGUGGCCACAGAGACCAGUGCACCCCAGUCAGACGGCGGCCAACAGGGGGGAAACAGUCUGCGGGGGUUGGCUGCUGGCGUAACCAUUAGGAUGGACCUGUCCUUUAUCAGAAGCAUCCCUGCUAUUCUCAUGCUGGUGGAAAUAGUGUCAGGCCUGCUCCAGUGGACGCUGAUAGCCAGCGCCUACAUUUGGGCACUGUCAGUUUACGGAUGGGUAAUGUUCGUGGCCGUCACCCUGUGGCUACUCACCAGCCUGCUCUUCUGCCUGAUCCUCUUUGGGUUCCAGAGUAAACUCGUCUCCGUGCCCUGGCCCCUGACGGUGAUGUUGUACCACGCUGUAGCCGCUAUUCUGUGCCUGACGGCGUUCCUGGCCAAUGCAGCGUCGGUCCACCCGUAUCGAUUUAGCGUUUACCAUCAUGGACAUUUUGGAGCCGCUGCAUUCUUUGGGGCGGUGACGACCGUAGCCUAUGGCGCUAGCGCUUACUUCUCCUACCUGGACUGGAGGGGAAACAGUGGAAAUGCUGCAUCAGGCACUGGGCCCUCAUAGAACCCAAGACACACCCUCUAUCUCCUAAAGGAAAAACGAUCUAAAGCCUGACUGGUUUCUGGGGGAACCUUAGCUGGAAGGGUGAAGGCCUGAGUCCUUUUACACACAUUUCCAUAACCAUUACAUACAGCUCUGAUCAUUUGUGUUGGAAAAAUAAAAAUAAAAUGUGCCUGGCAUGCAUUGAAAUGCAUCCUAUUUAAAAUAAAUCUAGCUAUACAUCCCAUUUAAAGUUUUAAACUACGCAACUGUUUACAAAUGGAAAGGCUCAAUGAAGUGAGUACAAAGCAUUCAUCGGCAUAUAUGUAUAAUAAUACACCUUGCUUAACCUCGCUUAUGCUCAGACCAUCCAUCACAAAUGAAAAGGAAACUCUUAACAAUAAGGUUAAGGGUUCAGGGUUAACCCUAGCCAAAUUAAAUAUCCAUGAACACCUUUGUCAACAUGAACACCAUUAGUAAACCUGACAUACAUUAAAUCUUAAUUAACUGGUAAUGCUUCUAACAGCAUUCAUUUAAGUUAAUGGUUAAUUAAUGUACCCUUAUUGUGUAGAGUUAUCAAUUAAAAUAACCUUCUGUACAGCAGUUUACAUAAUGAACAAUGAUUCUAGAUGUUUAUUCUGUGGUUCUGUACAUUAUCAAAGUACUGUAAGUAUUUCAAGGCAAAAAUAAAACCUUUUUUAUUGAUAUUA